AUGGUGGUUAGACCUGCUCCAGAAGUUUUGUAUGACAAUCUUGAGAAAUUCUUCCCAAACGCAAAUUUAGACCAGCCUGUUGUUGAUAUAACUCCACCGGCUUCGCCUAUGAAUGAUAAACAAGUAAAGAAGGAUCCAUCUAGAAUUCAAAAGACUGUCAUCAGCAGCACAUCAGAUGAAGAAGGGUUCGGGAAAUUGUCAAAACCUCAUAGGGUCAAAACUAUUCGUGCUGUUGCUCGUGAAGCUAGUGAGGCGAGAAAAAGGGAAUCUAUAAGAAGAACCAUCAACCAAAACACCAACCUGGUUAGAAGACAAAGUACAAAGAUGUGGGGUAAGAAAGUUGUUGAAGUGAAGCCUAAUCAAACACAAUAUUUAAGUAAGUUGAGAAGUCAGAAGGGUGAAAUUAAACAAUUUUCUUGGAUUCGUGGUGAACUUAUUGGUAAAGGGACUUUUGGGAAUGUUUAUUUGGCGUUGAAUGUUACAACUGGUGAAAUGAUUGCAGUGAAGCAAGUUUUAGCACCUGAAAGAGUGAGUGAAAACGCUAAAGUUCCUGAGGUUAUUGAGGCUUUAAGAUCAGAAGUUGAAACGUUAAAGGACCUGGAUCAUUUAAACAUUGUUCAAUACUUGGGAUUUGAAAAAACAGAAAAAGAAUACAAUUUGUUUCUUGAAUAUGUUGCCGGUGGUUCGGUUGCAUCAUGUUUGAGGCUAUAUGGUAAAUUUGAAGAACCAUUGAUCAGAUUUUUGACACUUCAGGUCCUUAAAGGUUUAUCAUAUUUGCAUACAAAGGGGAUUUUACAUCGUGAUAUGAAAGCCGAUAAUAUUUUGCUGGAUCUUGAUGGGGUUUGUAAGAUUUCAGAUUUUGGUAUUUCUAAGAAAUCAAAUGAUAUUUAUGCUAAUGAUGCAGCUAUGUCAAUGCAAGGUACAAUCUUUUGGAUGGCACCUGAAGUUGUUGACAGUAGGGAAGGUUACAGUGCUAAGGUUGACAUUUGGUCUUUAGGGUGUGUUGUCCUGGAAAUGUUUGCUGGUCGUCGUCCUUGGUCAAAUUUGGAAGCAAUAACUGCGAUGUUUAAAAUUGGUAAGGCAAAAGCAGCACCUCCUAUUCCAGAGGAUAUUCUACCUUCAGUGUCUAUGGAGGGUCGAAACUUUUUGGAUAGUUGCUUUGCAAUUGAUGCAAGCAAAAGACCUACAGCACAAGAAUUGUGCAAUGAUCGCUUCUGUGAAGUUGAGCCUAAUUUUUCGUUUUCUUCUACAAGAUUGGCACAAUUGAUUAAGACUAAUGAGAAGAAGAUAACUGUGUAA